GGUUGUUGCCGGGCCCUAUAUCCGGUGUCCGCCCGCCCUCGGCCCCGCUGCCGCCGCGAUGCUGUCCCGGUCCCGCUGCGUGUCCCGGGCGAUCAGCCGUUCGCUCGCCGCCUUCCAGAAGGGGAGCUGCCCUCUAGGGAGACGUUCCCUGCCUGGAGUCUCCUUUUGUCAGGUACCAGGUUACCCUGACAGCAGAAAGACUGUCAUUAACAACAGUAGUGUCUUCAGUGUUCGCUUCUUCAGAACUACAGCUGUGUGCAAGGAUGAUGUGAUUACAGUCCCAACCCCAGCCUUUGCCGAAUCAGUCACAGAGGGCGAUGUCAGGUGGGAGAAAGCUGUUGGAGAUACAGUUGCAGAAGAUGAAGUGGUUUGUGAGAUUGAAACUGACAAGACAUCUGUGCAGGUUCCCUCACCAGCACAUGGAGUAAUUGAAGCUCUUUUGGUACCUGAUGGAGGAAAAGUUGAAGGAGGCACUCCUCUUUUCACACUCAGGAAAACAGGUGCUGCUCCUGCUAAGGCCAAGGCUGCUGCACCAGCUGAAGCUCCUGCUGCAGCCCCAAAAGCAGAGCCUGCAGCACCAGCAGCUUCUCCACCCCCUGCAGCACCCAUAUCCACGCAGAUGCCACCUGCACCUUCACCCUCACAGCAACCUCUUUCUAGCAAACCAGUGUCUGUGGUAAAACCUACCACUGCCCCUCCACUAGCUGAGCCGGGAGCUGGCAGAGGUUUGCGUACAGAACAUCGGGAAAAAAUGAACAGGAUGCGGCAGCGCAUAGCUCAGCGUCUAAAGGAAGCCCAGAAUACAUGCGCAAUGCUGACCACUUUCAAUGAGAUUGACAUGAGUAAUAUCCAAGAAAUGAGAGCUCGGCACAGGGAUGCUUUCCUGAAGAAACAUAACAUGAAACUAGGCUUCAUGUCAGCAUUUGUGAAGGCCUCCGCCUUUGCCUUGCAGGAGCAGCCUGUUGUAAAUGCAGUGAUUGAUGAUGCAACCAAAGAGGUGGUGUAUAGGGAUUAUGUUGACAUCAGUGUUGCUGUGGCCACCCCACGGGGUCUCGUAGUUCCUGUCAUCAGGAAUGUGGAAACUAUGAAUUAUGCAGAUAUUGAACGAACCAUCAGUGAACUGGGAGAGAAGGCCCGAAAGAAUGAACUUGCCAUUGAAGAUAUGGAUGGUGGGACUUUCACCAUUAGCAAUGGAGGUGUUUUUGGCUCACUCUUUGGAACGCCCAUUAUCAACCCCCCUCAAUCUGCCAUCCUGGGCAUGCAUGGCAUCUUUGAUAGGCCAGUGGCUGUGGGAGGCAAGGUGGAGGUGCGGCCUAUGAUGUACGUAGCACUGACCUAUGAUCACCGGCUGAUUGAUGGCAGAGAGGCUGUGACUUUCCUCCGUAAAAUCAAGGCAGCAGUAGAAGAUCCCAGAGUUCUCCUCCUGGACCUUUAGGAGGACGCCACAUGCCCUACCUUAUGAUCAUGCAGGAACUGAAAAAUCAGUCUUUUCCCUACCCCUUCGUGAGUCCCAGGUUAGCCUGGAGACAGGCGGGCACAUGCUGUUGGCCUCAAGCAAGGAACCCAGGGCACUAUGUAACCAGCAGUCACAGGUCUUGUCUUGGUGUUCCUGCCAGCCUCUCUCCCUCUCCAUGUUCUUUGCCUUCACAUCAUUAGGCUUAAGGGAGAAAGAGAGAGAGCACCUUAAUGGAUGUUUGUUCAUUAAUAUUCCUGCCUUUCCAGCCCUCAGCAAAGACAAUUUUUAUUCUCCCCAGUGCCAGUGUACUAUAGGGAAACCACCGGGGACCAUGUGAUUAAGUUUUUAAUCUCUGGAAAGUCUGUUCUUCAGGGAUGCCUAAGGGGAUGCUGUGUCUCCCAAGCUUAAAGCAGCUUCUGUCCUGGCUGUGCAUUGUCACUUGAUGCCACCUAUGUGGAGGUAUUGGACACAGGCAAAGAGGUGCUGCUUUGCUUCAUUAUUCUUAGCUGUCAGUGACAAGAUGCCUCUUCUACCUCUUCCAGGAAGCACAGGCCAGGGGAUCUAGAGGUGAGGGGAGAGGGCCCAGAGGUCCAGUGUAGUUGUAGAUGGGAGCAGAACCCAGGCCUGCCCUUAUACUCUGUCAUAGGCUCACACCAAGAAGACUCCGUUGGGCAUACACACAGCCCUUUCCAGGCUGCUAGGACCCAUUCUAGCACAUUGUUCUCAUGUAGAGCACAUUGUAGCACACCGGGGCAGUGGGGCAGAGCCUGACAAAAGAAGAGGCACCCACUGGGUUAGAUUGGCAUGGCUUUAAAAUUCAGGUUGGUAUAGGCAUGUGUAUUGAGGAGGCUGUUCUCUUCUUCCUGUGCUGCGACUUGUAGGGACUGCAGCCUUGGCACUUCCUCUUCAGGUCACAGAUCUUGGGGAUAGACUAUGGUGGAAAUCAGCCUUAAAAUGUUAGUACAUAGUGAUGAAAUGGAUGGUGUCUUCUCUGAGACCUUUUGGGCUUGGCACAAUCAUUGGAAUUCCUUAGAGUAACUUGUCAUGAAAGCUCCUGGGGCUUCAUUGUUCCUAACCAAUCUCACCAAGGCCUGAGACUGCUGACACUUGACAUGGGGCCACUAGUUAGUACAGGGUGCCCUUUUUUAUCUUGAGCCAAGAAGCAAGGCUUGGAGGGGGUGGGGGGAGGGGAAUGGGUCAGUAUUGAGUGCCUGCAGCAUCUGCUAUUCUUCACCAUUCAGAACUUGUAACUAAAAUAUUUAAACUGAUUUUGAAUGAAAAUUAAAGGGCAGAUCUUCUCAAA